AUGCCGGGCACAGCGGCGCGGCACAUGCGCCGACCGCCUCCGCCUCCGCCCGGCAAAGAGCGCGACGUGCUGAUGAUGCCGCUACUGAAACUACUGGAGGAGUAUGCGCCGCACGCUGUUGCCGAUGUAAAUGCGCGUGUGCGUCGCAUUGUGGAAAUUUGCGACGGCCCUUAUUUUGACCGCCACCUGGGAGACACAAAUGCACAAGCGUACCUUGCAGCAUCAAUGCUCCACACCGGCAUUUUUACACAGUUGCAGCCAGUGUCCCCCCAUAUACACGCCGAUCCAAGUGCGCCUAUGCGCGCCCUCUUAGACACACUCGCGGCGAUACUUGCCACGACAACUUCUUCACGAACCCUCUUGAUCGUUUACGAAAUUCUUUUGCACCUUGGCGACAUUAACUGGAACUGCUACCGGUGGCUUCUACUCGUGCACAAUAUAUGGGCAGGCCACUAUGCAACACAAAACCAAGCGCGGAUUGGCUCGGAUACGGGUAGUGUAGCUCCACCACUGCCCCUUCCCUCACGACAGACAUCGUGGAGUACUCCGGUAGAUGCGCCUGCGCCCUCCUAUAUCAGUGUUCGCACUCUGGAAAUCUGGCUGCAGCGGCGCGCAGCGGCGGUAAUGUACGAAAUGUUUUGUGCGGUGCGUCUACGUGCGGCAGAUUUGCGCUCGGUCAACGAUGUUUUUGUCAACCACUUGUUUGACCAAGUGGAAGCGACACGCGCACAUGCGGACGAGACGUUUGGCGCCUUGGUCACGGACCUGCUGCUCGCGAUGAACGAGCAGCACAUGGUCGCAAUCCAAGGCCCGUCAUUUGAAAUAUGGCCGUACAGUGUGCUUGGCAUGAUUCAAUCGCGUCUCCAUGCUACACGUACAUUUGCAGAAAACUUGGUGUUUAUGUUGAAUAGGACCCCGUCGACCACGCGAGAAGGGAGCCAAUUCCAUUUCCUCGUGCUCAAGCUUCUGGACGGUCUAUUUGCCAUGGAGCAAACAGCGAGCUACUUUUACAUGAACGACUUAAAAGUGCUUGUCGACAUAUUUUUGCGAGAGAUUGCCGAUUUGCCCGACACCAGCGAGCUUUUGCGCCAAGUGUACCUGCGCGUCUUGCAUGCACUACUUACACAGACACAACUAUGUACGGUGCCUUAUAAGCGCAAGCAGGUAACGCAUGUGCUCCAGGCUCUCAUCGAGCUUGCACAUCUCCGACCGAUCGAUCCAAACACCUAUGCGCUAACGCAGCGUUGCUUGCAAGCGGAGUGGUGCGUCGAUGGGGGAAAUGUACACGAAUCAACAACCAUGGUCGCAAGUAUUGGCGGCGGAAAGCCACACGCGGCAAGCGAUAUGAUUCCUGAGCGUACUUCGGACGGGGUCAUGUACCACGCGCAAACCAGCGACGCAGCCAUCAGUCAUUUACUCGUCUUGGGGCGCAUGCAAUCGGCAGCGGCGGGGGCAGCGACGAUGCGCGAUGUGCCGAGCGCGCUUGCCGAUGUCCUGUGGCCGGAUGCAUUACCGGAGCCACUGCAGCAAACUUCGCUUGACCUUGACGUCGCAUACUUGGAGCUUGCCACGACGCGCGAAGCUUCGCGCCCAGCUGAUGCAGAGGCUGAGCCGCGCCGCAGAAAAGCGCCGCAACCGCCCCAGACUGUAAGCACACAAAUAGAGCGCCCCGCACGCUCCAUACGCGCCAGUCCAGUGCGCACAGCGCAAAAUCUUGCCACGUUUGCGCCACCCACGCACGACACGUCGCCGCCGAUGAACCGCGAUGCCCAAAUGCGACCUUCACAGCGCCCCAACAGUAUGUUUGGCCGGAUCCGUAACACACACACGUAUGGAAAGGGCCUGCGUGCUCGGUGGCAAGCAUCGCGCGCCGAUGCCAACAACACAGUGCCGGCAAGCGCGUCGAGCCGCCGCCCUGCGCCGCCUCCGCCGUAA